UGGGAAAGCCUAGCUUCGUACAAGCCGUGCAGCUAUAAUUAAACUAUCGUAGGACAAUGUGACGAGAAAGACUUGCCUGCAGCUUGAUCAACAUAAGUUUACUCGUGAACUGCAAGCGUGAUGCCAGAAACUGCGAUCACUCCGAAAAGCUCGUCUUCCCUGAGUGUUUCAAUAAGCUCCAGGGAAGAAUCGAAUCAAUGUUUUACCAAGAAAAGAUUGACGCGAUGCAUGCAACAUAAAUUUCUUACAUAUUCGCAACUUCCCAUAAGAUGUCAGAAACCCAGCCGAUACUAUCGUCCGCCAAGGACCUCCUUCAGAUUGGCAAAUCUCACAACCAUCAAUCAUACAGCUACAAUUAAUACGGCGAAAAGUUGUCCGGACAGUUCAACAUGUUCGAUAUUACGCGCAAUCAGUGCGUCACGUUACAAAAAGAGUUUAUCCAUGAUUGACUUUUCACCUUUAAUAAUGGAUACUGAAUAUGGCGAUUUUAGAUCGGACAGUAGUUCAACUAUAGAAAAACUUGAUGAAAGUGAUAAAAUGAAAGAUACUAUUGGUAAUGAAAUGGGUGUCGGUAUUGGUAUCAAAAAGUGGAUGGAUGGAUUCGUAACAUCAGAACCGGAGGAAUCGUAUUCCCAAUUCUUUCAAAAUCCAAAGAAAGCAGCAAUUUUGGUGUGUCAUGUGCUUAUGUUAAAUGCAUGGAGACGCAGACGCAGCGAUGUUCAGUAUCUUAACAGCACAAUUGACGAUUUAAGCCAGCAAAUUGAACAUUUGCAUCUACAAAUUGUCGUUUUGCGUCGAUUGCUCGAUACGGAGAACAGUCGUGUCAGUAAAUUGACCAGUGAUGUUCACCGUGCCAAAAUGCAAUUUGAUGAAGUACUGAAAGAAAGGAAUACUCUGAAAUCGGAAAAAGUAAAAUUGGAUGAGGAGAUCCAACGUUUGACCGAGCUUUCCGAGGAAAGGCAAGUUUCAACGGAGAAUAUGCGAAACGAAUUAAUCACCGCGCAAAAUCAGCUUCAAGCGGUCGACGAACAAAUGUCAAAGGAUCGAGAAAAAUUGCUGAAAUUACGAGAGGAUAAAAGGAUACUUUUAGAAAAGAUAACGGCUAGCGAAACAUUAGCGGCGGAACGAGGAACAAGAGCAGACAAAGCUGAAUCAAUCGUGGAGGAUUUACAGAUGAAACUUGCCACACAGAUUGCUAUGGUUGAAUCCUCGCAGGAACAGAUAAAACGAUAUUCAAAGGAAUUGAAAGUUAAAGAGGAUGAAAAAAACAAGUUAAUUAAGCGCUUAAAAUCAUCCGAAGAUGCAGGGAGAAAUCUAAAUAUGCGCGCCAUUUCUUUAGAAGCACAACUGGUUGACCGAGAGGUAGCCUUACAAAAUAUGCAAGCAGCGUAUAAUACGCAAUUAACCGAAUUGAGUGAAUUGAGAGAACGUUUAAUACGUCAAUCUCAAGAAGGGGGAUGGAGUAGUAGAAUGUUGCAAUUAGCUGGUAGCGUUGUACGAGCGCCAAGGGCUAUAUUACGUACUUUACUAUCGGGCCCAGUGUUGGUUUCCUAAAGAUAGCUUGUUGCUGUUCUUGUUCAAGCGUGAUUGCGUUAAACAAAGUGUUCACAAAAUGGAAUUUCGAGGGUGAUGGUGUUGGUUGUUCGAUAAGAGGAAAGAGAAAGGGAAGAUUUUACGUGUGAAAAGAGAUUUUACGUUGAGGAAAAAGAGAUAUAUGUGAUCGCAAAGAGACGAAAGGAACGAAAAUCAGUUUCAAACUGGUAGUAAACUUUCCGGAUACUUUUAUCAUCGAAAUUAUAAUAUUUUUUUAUUUAUAUUUUUUUUUUUUCUAUUCAUAUACUUUCUGAUAUCGUAAGCUAUAUAAGCAUUUUAAAUUGAAAAGAAAUGAUAUAAAUGAUGAUUAUAAAAAAAGUUACUAAUAUUAUGAUAUUAUACUAAUAUUAUGAUAUACUAUAAUAGAAUACAGACAACUAUUCUGCGAAACUGAGGAUGGAUAAAUAAAUGCAGAUAUUGUACAUUUUUUAAA